CCUGCCCAGGAGACCUUUUCUUCUGGCAGCUCCAGCCUUCCCUGCUCUACCACAGUUUCUUUACUGGGCACAUCACAAUCAGAUUCCUCUACUGACAACAACCUGACCUGGGAUAUCUCCAGGACGAACUUGGAAACCCAAAGCAAAAUGUCUUCAGUUGCAACUUACUACAAUGGGAAGUCAGUACUUAUUACAGGAGCCACGGGUUUUAUGGGCAAAGUACUUCUGGAAAAGCUUCUGCGCUCCAGCCAAGAUGUGAAAGUUGUUUAUAUUCUUGUGCGGCCCAAAGCUGGAAAGUCAAUGCAAAGUAGAGUGGAGGAUAUGGUGAAAUACAAGUUAUUUGACAAAAUUCGUGAAGAGUGCCCCAACUUCCAUGAGAAGAUUAAACCAAUAAGUGCUGAACUCACCCACCCGAAUUUGGCCAUCAGCCCAGAGGACACUGAAGAGCUCCUGUCUGAAGUCAACAUUAUCUUCCAUUGUGCUGCAACUGUUCGCUUUGAUGAACCUCUGAAGCAUGCCCUUUUGCUAAAUGUCAGGGGCACACAGCAGCUCCUUUAUCUGGCCCACCAGAUGAAGAACCUUGAGGCCUUCAUCCACAUUUCAACUGCCUUUGCAAACUGCAAUCGGAAGUACACAGAAGAAAUAAUUUAUCCUCCUCCCAUAGAGCCCAGGAAACUGUUUGACCUUGUGGAGUGGAUGGAUGAGUCCCUCAUUGAAGAGAUCACACCCAAGCUGAUUGGAGACUGGCCCAAUACCUACACAUUCACUAAAGCCUUGGCAGAAUAUCUACUUCAGCAAGAGAAAGGGAACAUUCAUGUUGCCAUCAUCCGGCCAUCUAUUGUGGGAGCCAGCUGGAAUGAGCCUUUUCCUGGCUGGAUUGACAACAUCAACCACUUCAAUGGUUUCCUUAUUGCGGCUGGAAAAGGAAUUCUACGGACUAUAAAAUGCAAUCUAAAGGCAGUAGCAGAUAUUGUUCCUGUAGAUGUUGCUAUCAAUUUAACCCUUGCUGUUGGGUGGCACACUGCAGUUCACAGACCCAAAUCAAUGUUGAUAUACAAUUGUACAACUGGUGGCAUAAAUCCAUUUCAUUGGGGAGAAAUGGAACCCAUCGUCUUAUCUACAUAUGAGAAAAUUCCCCUGGAGAAACCCUUUAGAAUACCAAAGGGUAACAUGACAUCAAGCAACCUGGCACAUCAGUAUUCAACAAUUGUCAGUCACAUAGCCCCAGCCUUUCUGUAUGAUUUGUAUCUGAGGCUAACUGGGAAGAAACCAAGGAUGAUGAAGCUUCUCAACCGCCUACAUAAGUCCAUGGCAGCCUUUGAGUAUUUUGCCAGCUGUACCUGGGAAUGGAGUUCAGAUAAUAUGAACGCAUUGUUGAAUCAGCUUAAUCCAAAAGACAAGAAAUUAUUCUGCUUCGAUGUCCGCCAGCUGCAUUGGUCAGAAUACAUGGAAAACUAUUGCUUAGGAACAAAGAAAUAUCUUCUGAAAGAAGACAUGGCUGGAAUUCCUGCAGCAAAGCAGCACUUGAGAAAACUAAGGAAUAUUCAGUAUGCAAUAAAAACAACCCUUCUGGUGAUCAUCUGGCACAUAUUCAUUGCAAAGUCACAAAUGGCUCAGAACAUGUGGCACUUUGUUUUGAACCUCUGCUACAAGUUCCUAAGCUACUUCAGAGCUUCUAGCACCCUCUGGCAUUGAAAUACCACUACAGUUAGUGACCUCCAUCUCUUCAAACAACAACAAAGGUGCUUCAAAAUUGCAAGUAUCUUUGAACUGCCACAUCAUUGGAUCAGCAUUCAGCAUAUACCAGGAUUGAAGAUUUCAACAUUUGGGAACAUUUUUCUCCUCCUCUCAGCAUAAAAAGCUAUCUAAGACUAAGAAAGGAAGAGAGAUUUUAAACAGUCUGAAUGUGUCUUCGGCAAUACUCAGUCAAGAAUGUCAGAACAUGAGUGGUGCUUUUUGUACACAAAUGAGGCAAGUAGUUGCAUCUACUGCGAGCUUUCAGUAAAGUUCAGCCUUAUAAAGGGAUACAAGAUAUUAAUAUUUAAUUAGGAGAGUCUGUGGUUUUAUUGAAUUGCUUGUGAAAAACCAUGCCUACCCAUGUAAUCAAAAGUGGAAAAAAAGUGGAAUUGAACCUGGGAUAUAUCACUGAAUUUUCUCUGACCAUUUUAUGAAUAUAAAUUAUGCUUUGAAUUUUAAUGCUUGACUAAACUUGUUUUCCAAAUGAAAAUAUAAUUAAUUUAUUGCAUGCAAAACAUAAUUCCUUCCUCAGCAGACACCCUCCCCUUCAAUUCCCCCAACAUUUAAAAUACUUCAGAGGAAGACUAGCAUACAAAAAAGACAAAAGGUCAGGAGAGAAUGCUUCCAGAUCAUGGCCAUAUAGCCCAAAAAACCUACAUCAACCCAGUAGCAAUAGAGCACCUGGACACAAUCUGCUUACUAUGGAGAGCAAUGUUGUGUUUCUAUUUUAGGAUGCAUCUUACAUUGUAGAAUUAAUGCAGUCUGGCACCACUUGAACUGCCACGGCUUGGUGCUACCCCGUUUCCCUGAAAAUAAGACAGUGUCUUAUAUUAAUUUUUGCUCCCAAAGAUGCGCUAGAUCUUGUUUUCAGGAGAUGUGUUAUUUUUCCAUGAAAAAGAAUUCACAUUUAUUGUGGAACAAAGAAAAUGAGCACUUAUUAUAUACUGUACAGU